CGAAAUCGCGAAGAAGUAAGUAGACGUGGUCGGUCUCGGUCUCAAAGCCAGUCAACUUAAUGAACUAGACCGAUGCAAGUCUAUUGCUUAUUUCUGCUACUAUCGCACCGGUUAAAAAUCAUAAAAAGUAUACAGUGCCUUAAAUAACAACGUGCCUUUUUAUACAGUGACAAUAAUAUUGAAGUGUAAAAUACAACAUCUAAGUAUAAAGAAUUAUCAAUUAUUUGGAUCUUCAAUUUUUACCCGUAGCUGCUGGAUUACGGUUACUAACUUUUUCUAUAAAUAUACUACAGGACAGGAAAAAAGGAUCCUCCAGAAAUAUAAUAAUCGAAUUUCCCAACAUUCAUUCUGAAAGUAUUUGGAAAAUGGAUUAAAAUGUAUUUUUAAAUAUUCCAACAAUAAACCUGAUAUACCUCCAGAAUCGUUAAUGAUGGAACGAACCCACUGAAGAAAAACAGGCCAUGCUUCAACGAAUUUUCAUAGGCGUCCUGGUGACAAUAGCACUUCCCUCAUCGUUAGCCCAAUGUCCAUGGCAACGGGAAGUUCCAGAACUCCAAUCAUCAUGUCUCUGUUCAUACAACCUAGCUCACGAACUGUCAGUGCAGUGCGACAUGGUUGAAUGGUCUAAACUCUUAUCGGCAAUACACCGUUACGCAAAGGAUAACGCGAUCGAUAUACUUUACGUGAACAAUUCUACCGUUAAUGUUCUCAAAGAUUCAAUUUUCGCGAAUAUAAAAGUGCACAAUAUACAAUUAUCACGUUGUAAAAUAGCCAAAGUGUCUAGUGAUGCCUUCAAAGGUCAAGAAAACUAUUUAAAAAACUUGAACUUACAAGAUAAUGAUCUUACUCAAGUUCCAGUUGAUAGUUUACGAAAACUUCGAUCAUUAGUCCUACUAGAUUUGUCACACAACAGGAUAACGGAACUACCGGCAGGAGCUUUCGAAACUCUCAACAAACUAGCGACUCUAAAACUCUCUGACAACAACGUCACUUUGCACCCUGAAUCCUUCAGGGGAUUAGAGGGUUCUUUAAAAAAUCUAAAUCUCAAAGGAACUUUGCAGAAGGAAAUUCCUGAAGCAAUUCGUGGACUUACUACCUUAGCUUUUCUAGAUUUGUCACAAAAUGGUUUAAAAGAACUACCAGGCGCAGCAGGAAUACAUGCUUUUGAAGGAUUAAAUUCAUUGACCGCUUUAAAUUUAGAAAGAAAUUUAAUUCACACAUUGCAAGAAAACGCAUUCUUUGGAAUUAGAUCGACUCUGAGUUCUUUGAGUCUCCUGAAUAAUCUCCUUGAAAAUUUUCCCACAGAUGCUGUAAAAACACUUAUCGAAUUGAGAGUUCUAGAUAUAGGAUUCAAUCUUUUAACUGAGUUACCGAUAGAUGCAUUCAAAGGAAAUCCAUCGCUUACACUUUUAGCUCUGGAUGGAAAUUUGCUACCAACGAUACCCGAAGAAGCUUUCGUUCAUCUAAAUGGAAGUCUUAGAGGCCUAAGUUUGGGAGGUCGAUUUUUACACUGCGACUGCAGGCUUGCUUGGAUCAUUGACUGGAUACAACAUAAAGACCUGCAAGUCACGAGUAGAGAACGGAAUCCUCAAUUCUGUGGAAGUCCACUGAAGUUUAGAGAUCGUGGAUUUUACAAUAUUAAAGUGGAAGAGCUUGGCUGUUCCGAAAAUGGAGCAGUAGGGGAAGCAAUGCCUGUUAACGAAGACGAAAUAUCACUUGCAGAUCCUUUUGGACCGUCUUCUACUUUAACUCCUACAAAUAUAACAAGUACUACUAGUACUAGUACCACUACAACUACAACAACAACAACUACAACGAAGAAACCAGAUCCAACGACCACAAAGGCGAAACCCAGUACGCCAAUUGCGUCAAGUACAACAUUAGAAGCCCUCAGUUCUCUGCCCAGUUCCUCGACAACGACUGCUUCUACCGCUUCUCCUCUCCCAACAACAGCUAAAGUUUCAAAUACAACAACGAUAACUAGCGUCAAAACUUCUGUUCGCACUUCAACUUCGAAGAGCACGGUUCCAGCAUGGAGACAGGGCGGUAACAAUCAAAAUCGACACUCGCUGUUAAUGGGACCUCCUUCAAGAAAAGGUGCCGUUUCGGAUACGGAAGUUAAAGUGAAAAACGCUUACCGACAGGACAGUUCCGUCAUAAUUCAAUGGAGUUCCGACACACAAAAUAUUUUAGGCUUUAGAGUCGUAUACAGACUCUUUGGGGAUAAAAGUUUUAAACAGGGGCCUCCGUUAGAAGCCAGUGAGCGAGAGUUCAAGAUUAAAAAUGUUCCAUCACAGGAAUGUAUAAUCGUGUGCGUUGUUUCGUUAGAGGACACGAACGUUGCUCCCGAAACAGUUCCAUACUCACAGUGCCGAGAAGUUAGAACCGUACUAUCAACAUCAUCCAACAUGGAUAAAAUCACUAUUGCCGCAAGCGCAGCAAUUUGCGGAACAAUCGUGAUUGCAGUAAUAAUUUUUGUAGCGGCUUCGCGACAACGAUCUAAAAGAAUACAAGAGAUGCAUCAACAGAAGAUAGCCUUAAAAAAUGGUUUGCCUAUUGCUGGACUUCCUGUGAACUGUUGUGGAGGAUUAGGACCAACCGCAAGCCCCGGAGGUCCUUUAUCAUCUUUAGCAACAUUAAGUGCAUUUAACAGUCCAAAAGAUUGGGACCAGGUUUCGAAUUACAGUUCACCACCUAUACACCAACAAAGGCUGCAUGGAUUAGAACAAUCAUCAUCACUCCAAGACGAUACAAGAUCGCAUUUUAGUUCGAAAGGUCAUAAACCGCGAUCGAUAGCAGAUGGUCAGUCACAACACAGUUUUUCAAACAAUUCUGGCAGAUUUAUGGCUACAAAUGGAUUUCCCAACACCCUUCUUACAACUAGGCCAGGUACCAAUUUGUCGUAGUUUUGGUUUAUUCCAAGUGAAACUAUUUAUGCUAUUCCGAAAAUAUUCCGGAAAGUAUCUAAGAAAUACUAAAUGCUUUUUUAUUGUCAAAUAUGAUGCUAUUAAUUUUUUUUUAAAAAUCUAAUAUCUAAACAUUCAUUAUUCUAGCAAUAUACUUGGACUUUAGGACUUCCACGUCUUUAUUUAUGAUUUAGUUUCAACGUUUCGACCGUGUUAUAUCUUCAAACAUUUAAUAUUCUAAUUAAUCUAAAUCGUUCUUUUGAACCACUCAUCCAUACAUUUUACAAGCUUAAAAGGGUUUAUAUUCUACGCUACACGGAAUAGAACUGAACUGCAAAAAAUUGAACAAAAAUCUAUAAAAUAUUAAUUCAAAAACUAAUGCAGAUAAAAAACGAUGUACGAGGAAAUGUUACAAUAACAUGGGAAUAAAACAAAUUACAACAGAGAAGGGAACGAAUGUAUGUAAAUGUACAUAAUAGUAUUCCAGUAGUUCAAUGAUCCUAUCAAAUACAUAAUACAUCUAUGUUUAAUUACUUUUUUCCCAUUUGUAUUCAUGACUACAAAUUUUUGAAAUAUUCAGAUUUUUUAAUUUUGUUUUUCUUUAGUACACAAACGAUAAUAACAGUUUUCAAUACACUUUUGACUAAAACUACAUUUGAAAUUGUCUUUUACUUCUUUAAUAUUUUCAUGCAUUUAAAAAACCAUAAGAAGCAAGCAAUAGACGGAAUCUACACAGAAUUUUAUUUAGAUUAUAAUUAUAUAACAGGGUCAGAAAUGUUGUUAGCAGAAAAGGUUAGGCUGAAUGAUUAAAUAGUUAAAAAUAAAGGCGUAGUUAGCCCUCGACGACGUAGCCAAACUGCCAACGAUCUCGUGCCUUAGGGGGGCCUUAAAAAAUAACCAUCCUAAAAAAACUCGUACAAGUCUAGAGUCGUCUAGCAACGUUAUGGGAUUUCGAAAGAUAUAUAGGAUUUCCAGACUCGUUUAGUUUAGUAAUUUUCCUAACCAAGACAUAAAAAGGACCCCGAAAAGCAAAUUUCGCCAACGUCGGUCUAGCUACACCGCUGAUUAAAAAUGUUUAAUAAAUAAACAGCUGAAUUAAAUAUAUCUAAAGGUUGAUAACAUGCAAUGAAUAAUAAUGGCUAAGGGUUUUUUUAUUAAUUUGGAAAUAUUCAAAAUUUUGGCUAUGCUUGUUCAUAUCAACGUACUACAUGGGCUGAAAAAAAUUAUAAACCCUACAAUCUUGUACUUUUCUGUUGUAAAGCAGAUCAAUUAUACUUCGUUUACUUUCUGUAGCAAUGUGACCUUC